AGCUACAAUUAAAAUAGUUCAGUCAGCGCAGUUAGAUACUACUACUACUACUACUACUACUACUACUACUACUACUACUACUACUACUACUACUACUACUACUACUACUACUACUACUACUACUACUACUACUACUACUACUACUACUACUACUACUACUACUACUACUACUACUACUACUACUACUACUACUACUACUACUACUACUACUACUACUACUACUACUACUACUACUACUACUACUACUACUACUACUACUACUACUACUACUACUACUACUACUACUACUACUACUACUACUACUACUACUACUACUACUACUACUACUACUACUACUACUACUACUACUACUACUACUACUACUACUACUACUACUACUACUACUACUACUACUACUACUACUACUACUACUACUACUACUACUACUACUACUACUACUACUACUACUACUACUACUACUACUACUACUACUACUACUACUACUACUACUACUACUACUACUACUACUACUACUACUACUACUACUACUACUACUACUACUACUACUACUACUACUACUACUACUACUACUACUACUACUACUACUACUACUACUACUACUACUACUACUACUACUACUACUACUACUACUACUACUACUACUACUACUACUACUACUACUACUACUACUACUACUACUACUACUACUACUACUACUACUACUACUACUACUACUACUACUACUACUACUACUACUACUACUACUACUACUACUACUACUACUACUACUACUACUACUACUACUACUACUACUACUACUACUACUACUACUACUACUACUACUACUACUACUACUACUACUACUACUACUACUACUACUACUACUACUACUACUACUACUACUACUACUACUACUACUACUACUACUACUACUACUACUACUACUACUACUACUACUACUACUACUACUACUACUACUACUACUACUACUACUACUACUACUACUACUACUACUACUACUACUACUACUACUACUACUACUACUACUACUACUACUACUACUACUACUACUACUACUACUACUACUACUACUACUACUACUACUACUACUACUACUACUACUACUACUACUACUACUACUACUACUACUACUACUACUACUACUACUACUACUACUACUACUACUACUACUACUACUACUACUACUACUACUACUACUACUACUACUACUACUACUACUACUACUACUACUACUACUACUACUACUACUACUACUACUACUACUACUACUACUACUACUACUACUACUACUACUACUACUACUACUACUACUACUACUACUACUACUACUACUACUACUACUACUACUACUACUACUAAGUAUUAUUAG